CCGGGUGCGGCGGCAGCGCCCGCCUGGCUGGGCUCCCCGCGGGUGUGAAGGAGGGGCGGGCGGGAGCAGCCCUCGCGGCCGCCGCCUUUUCCCGCACCCCGCGCGGUGGGCCGGGCCGGGCCGGGCCGUGCGCGCUCCCCCGGAGGGCCGGCAGCUGCGGCGGCAUGAGGAUUAAGGCCGUGGGCGAACGCGUCACGGGAGGAGCGGCCGGUCCCGUGGGCCGCGGGGCUGAGGUGCGGGGCUGAGCACCAGGUUUGUGCACUUGGGAAAUCCGAAGCAGUUCUCCGCAAAGCGAACAGGAAGUUUAAUGGUUCAAAGCUGGGAGUGUUGAUGAGAAGGUUGUGUUACCAGAAAGGCAUCAGUCUGCUUUUUAGUCUAUAUAGAACUCACAGGUUGCCAUGUUCAUGUUGCUUGUGUUUGGAUUGGUACUGCAAGAAAUUCUGGUGAAUUCCCAAACUGAAAACCUUACUGAAUUCAGAAACAUUCCAGAAGAGCCAUUAUAUAGCUACAAAGCCAUCAACUUGCCAGAUGAGCAUAUUUCAUACUUUCUGCACAAUAACCAGCAUAUUGCUGGCAUCUGUAAGCAGGACUCUCACUGCCCAUAUAAAAAAUACUUGAAGAAUCUGAAAACCUGCUGGGGUUAUGAGAAAUCGUGCAAACCAGAUCACAGGUUCAGUUACCCCGUGUGUGAUUAUGUUGAAACUGGAUGGGCAAGUGACAUUGAGACAGCCCAGCAGAUAUUCUGGAAACAAGCUGACUUUGGUUACAUUCAAGAGAGACUCAGUGAAAUGAAAACCCAUUGUAAGCCUGCAGCAACAGGAGAUUCAUCUCUGACCUGUUCUCGGUACCUUCAGCACUGCAGAGCAACAAACCUCUACAUUGAUUUACGAACUGUGAAGAGAAACCAUGACAGAUUCAAAGAAGACUUUUUCCAGAAGGGAGAGAUUGGAGGUCAUUGCACUCUUGAUGUCCAAGCAUUUUUGGCUGAAGGUCAACGCAAGAGCCCGCUGCAGUCGUGGUUUGCAGAACUCCAGACAUUUACUGCGUUGAACUUCAGGCCCCUAGAAGAUGAGAAGUGUGAUGUUAUUAUUGAAAAGCCAACGUACUUCAUGAAAUUAGAUGCAGGUGUUAAUAUGUACCAUCACUUCUGUGAUUUCGUCAAUCUUUAUAUUACACAGCAUAUUAAUAACUCCUUCAGUACUGAUGUCAACAUUGUCAUGUGGGACACUAGCUCCUAUGGCUAUGGUGACCUCUUCAGUGAGACAUGGAAGGCAUUUACUGACUAUGAAAUAAUACACUUGAAAACCUUUGAUUCUAAAAGGGUGUGCUUUAAAGAAGCAGUCUUCUCAUUACUGCCUCGGAUGCGCUAUGGCUUGUUUUAUAACACACCACUGAUCUCUGGCUGUCAUGGUACAGGGCUCUUUAGAGCAUUUUCUCAACAUGUGUUACACAGAUUAAAUAUCCCACAAGAAGGACCCAAGGAUGGGAAAAUUCGAGUCACCAUCCUUGCACGCAGUACAGACUACAGGAAAAUAUUAAACCAGAAUGAGCUGGUGAAUGCUUUGAAAACCGUGUCGACGUUGGAGGUCAGAGUGGUAGACUACAAAUACAAGGAACUUGAAUUUUCAGAGCAACUGAGAAUCACCCACAACUCUGAUAUAUUCAUUGGGAUGCAUGGAGCUGGACUUACCCAUUUGCUCUUUCUACCAGACUGGGCUGUUGUUUUUGAACUGUACAACUGUGAAGAUGAACGUUGCUACCUGGAUCUGGCAAGGCUGAGAGGCAUCCACUACAUCACCUGGCGGAAAAGGAAUAAAGUGUUCCCUCAAGAUCAGGGACACCACCCAACACUGGGAGAACAUCCAAAAUUUACAAACUACUCCUUUGAUGUGGAAGAAUUUAUGUACUUGGUGCUUCUGGCUGCAAAUCAUGUUUCACAGCAUUCCAAGUGGCCAUUUAGGGUAAAACAUGAUGAAUUCUAAACUAGACUGCCGACUGAAAUACAAUUUUUAAAUAAUGCUCCAUAAAAAUAUUGUAACAUCAUAAAGCAAAAUGCUAAGUGUGAAACACGUAAACCUCUAGGAGGGAAAUAACCUGGUAUUAAUUUGUCAGCCCACUUCUUGGCACCAUACCUUGUCUUUGUAAUCCUGCUCUUUAAUUCUGAGGGUUUUCACUACUUAAAAACUAUUUUUUCAGAACUCUCUUUGGGUUUUGCACUGUGGUUUUGUAUUCUGAAAUACUUGUCUGGAUACAAAGAUAUGUCCAUGCAUUUCAUGUAAGAUGUUCAUGGGUAGAUACUAAUUUUGUAGUAGUUGCUGCCUACUUUUAUCUGAGGAAAUGCUAGAGGAUGGAGUGUGUUACAGCUUGGUUUCUCAGUGUAGUUUCUCUGGGAAUGCAAAAGGCCUGUCAGAGCUCCCCAGUUCUUCUUUUUAAGAAGUGAGAGGAUGCUUUUAUGCUAUAGUCCUGUACCUCUUAAGUAAAAAUCUGAAUAGAAAUUGCCUUCCUAUUGUAAGACACUGCCCAGUGUGUUCUUUGCAGUCAAAUUACAUGACGUGGUGGUUUCAGAAUGGCUGUUUAGUUCCUUUCUGUCACCAUCCAGGUCAUUGCUGUGCUUGUUCCUGUUUUGUUUCUAAGUUUGAAGAUCUUCCUUUGUGAAGUAGUUGUUCUAAGAACUAAGUGGUUAAGCAAGCUUUAACUUCUGUUGUUUGAUUCAACAGACACUUCAGACUUCUAUUUCAAAUUUAGGAACAAUUUCGAGUUAGAGAGCAGAGUCUUAGGUUUUUGCAUUUGAAUAUGAACUUCACUCUGUAGUUUUAAAUGCUAAAAUGUAACAGGUCUGCUCAGUAGGUUUAGCCAGUCUUCCAUCUCAGAGCAGGGAAUUCUUGUCCUAAGUGAAUACUUCAGACUUCAGGUAAUCUGUUUCCUAUGUUUUCACUUAAAACAGCACUCUGCAAUGGAAAACCUGAGCAAAUGGGAAUAAAACUUGAGUCUUUUUAAGGAUGCUAAAGGGAACAGACAUCUAGUUUUUUUAUGACAAAUGAGAAGAUGGGAAGGGUGUCUUUCAGCUGCAGCUGAGAGGAAACAAAGUCAUGAGGAACUUUGUUCUAGGAGCCAUUAAAAGGCUAAUCUAUUAAUAUUCUUGUGUUUCAAAAUGUCAACGAGUCAAUCUAGUAAACUUUGGAAAAUCCUUCCAAAGCAGUAGCAUAGUUCACUGAAAGCAGUGAAGGAAAUGUUAAGCCAAAGCCAAGUUCUCUAUCAAAUUUCUUCUGGAGCUGACAUGUUGGUGCUAGUGAUGAGGGGGGAAAGGGAGUAGUUCUGUUAAGUGGGGCCAGGAGGAAGAAUCAAGUUCAGUGAGAUAAAAAACAAGAGUUCUGUGUUAAAUUUUGGAUUUUUUUGAGACUGUAUUCCUGUGAUAGUCUUGCAGUUUAAUCCUACAGUCUCAGUGGCUUGGAGUAGAGCAUACAUUUGUAUGCAAAAGAGAGACAGUUACAGGAAAUGUAAACAUUUCACUGGUAUAAUUGUAGAUAUUAUUGGCUUCUGUUCUCCAGCAGUCCUAGGCAAUUUCAGAGAGUGUAGAUACAUUUACUGACCUGCCUAUACUGGUAAAGAUGAGUUACUGUAAGCAUAAUUUGCAUAUAGAUCCCUCACAACCUUAAGCAGUGCAUAGGAAAAACUAGAUCUAGCUGAUACACAAGCUAUAUUAAGGUAUCUGGUGCAAUUCUUAGCAUAGUGUAUUGUUUUACUGAUGGAUAAAACUGUUUCACUUUAAAGAACCAUAGAAGCAAAAUUGCACUCCUUGGCAUGAAAAAAAAAAAAAGCCCUGUAUUUCCUGUAUUUGUGUGUGUGUUUUUUUUCUACAUUGUGAGAUUUUUAAAGAGAAAAAAAUGAAUAAAACUUAGGAAAAUGUUUGAGAUCAAAUGAAACCAACUCAAAAUAAAGACAGUGUUUAACUAUGAA